UGUCACCUGCUCUGGCUCGGAGCCUCGGGCGGAGGACUGGUAUAAAGCAGCGGGCUCCAGAGCCUGGCCCAGCCUCUUGGGCAGAACCUGGCCCAGCCUGCUCACUGCUCUUCUCCGUUGGUUACCACCAUGACACCCGGCAUCCAACCCACCGUGGUCCUUGUAUUGUUCCUGGUACCUACAGCUAUCAUCCACAGCACCUCUGGCACUAAUAAUGGCUUAGACUCAAUGAUGGCAAAUUAUGAGAAAACAUCUGGCAAUAGAAACAAAAACAAUAUGAACCUCAGCAUCAGAACUCCAACUGUGGCCAGUUCUAUAUUUGCAUCUACUACUCACCAAAGUACCACAGUUACAUCUGAUACUUACCCAAGUACCACAUCUACAUCUACUAUUCAUCAAAGUACCACAGUUACAUCCUCUAUUCCCCCAACCACUCCAUCUACACACACUAUUUACCCAAGCACCAUAUCUAGACCCACUAGUAACCACAGCACCAUAUCUACACACACUAGUCACCACAGCACCCUAUCUAGACCCACUAGUAACCACAGCACCAUAUCUACACCCACUAAUCACCACAGCACUAUAUCUAGACCCACUAGUAACCACAGCACCAUAUCUACACCCACUAGUCACCACAGCACCAUAUCUAGACCCACUAGUAACCACAGCACCAUAUCUACACCCACUAGUCACCACAGCACCAUAUCUAGACCCACUAGUAACCACAGCACCAUAUCUAGACCCACUAGUAACCACAGCACCAUAUCUACACCCACUAGUCACCACAGCACCAUAUCUACACCCACUAGUAACCACAGCACCAUAUCUACACCCACUAGUCACCACAGCACCAUAUCUAGACCCACUAGUAACCACAGCACCAUAUCUAGACCCACUAGAAACCACAGCACCAUAUCUAGACCCACUAGAAACCACAGCACCAUAUCUACACCCACUAAUCACCACAGCACCAUAUCUAGACCCACUAGUAACCACAGCACCAUAUCUACACCCACUAGUCACCACAGCACCAUAUCUACACCCACUAGUCACCACAGCACCAUAUCUAGACCCACUAGUAACCACAGCACCAUAUCUAGACCCACUAGUAACCACAGCACCAUAUCUACACCCACUAGUCACCACAGCACCAUAUCUAGACCCACUAGUAACCACAGCACCAUAUCUAGACCCACUAGAAACCACAGCACCAUAUCUAGACCCACUAGAAACCACAGCACCAUAUCUACACCCACUAGUCACCACAGCACCAUAUCUAGACCCACUAGUAACCACAGCACCAUAUCUACACCCACUAAUCACCACAGCGCCAUAUCUAGAUCCACUAGUUACCACAGCACCAUAUCUGCACCCACUAAUCACCACAGCACCAUAUCUACACCCACUAAUCACCACAACACCAUAUCUAGACCCACUAGUUACCACAGCACCAUAUCUACACCCACAAGUCACCACAGCACCAUACCUAUACCUUCUAGACACCAAAGAAUCAUAUCUACACCCACUAAUCACCACAGCACCAUAUCUACACCCACUAAUCACCAGAGUACCAUAUCUACACCCACUAGUCACCACAGCACCAUACCUAUACCUGCUAGACACCAAAGAAUUAUAUCUACACCCACUAGUUACCACAGCACCAUAUCUACACCCACUAAUCACCACAGCACCAUAUCUAGAUCCACUAGUUACCAUAGCACCAUAUCUACACCCAUCAUUCACCAAAAAACCAUAUCCAUGCCCACUGGUCACCAUAGCACUAUAUCUAGACCCACUAGUUACCACAGCACCAUAUCUACACCCACUAGUUACCAUAGCACCAUAUCUACACCCACUAACCACCACAGCACCAUAUCUAGACCCAGUAGUUACCAUAGCACCAUAUCUACACCCAUCAUUCACCAAAAAACCAUAUCUAUACCCACUACUCACCACAGCACCAUAUCUACAUCUACUAGUCAUCACAGCACCUCAGUUAUACCCACUAGCCACCACAGCACUAUAUCUACUCCCAUUGCUCACCACAACAGUACAAUUAUAUCCACUAGCCACCACAGCACCAUAUCUACUCCCACUACUCACCACAGCACCACAGUCAUACCCACUAACCACCACAGCAACAUAUCUACUCCCACUACUCACCACAGCACCACAGUCAUACCCACUAGCCACCACAGCACCAUAUCUACUCCCACUACUCACCACAGCACCACAGUCAUACCCACUAACCACCACAGCACCAUGUCUACUCUCACUACUCACCACAGCACCACAGUCAUACCCACUACUCACCACAGCACCAUAUCUACUCCCACUACUCACCACAGCACCACAGCCAUACCCACUAACCACCACAGCACCAUAUCUACUCCCACUACUCACCACAGCACCACAGCCAUACCCACUAACCACCAUAGCACCAUAUCUACUCCCACUACUCACCACAGCACCACAGUCAUACCCACUAACCACCAUAGCACCAUAUCUACUCCCACUACUCACCACAGCACCACAGUCAUACCCACUAACCACCAUAGCACCAUAUCUAUUCCCACUACUCACAACAGCACCACAGUCAUACCCACUAACCACCAUAGCACCAUAUCUACUCCCACUACUCACCACAGCACCACAGUCAUACCCACUAACCACCAUAGCACCAUAUCUACUCCCACUACUCACCACAGCACUGCAGUUACAGCCCCUAAGCAUCACCCAGCAACAACUGGUAACCCCAAGAGUAUUUCUUCAACCAUUCACCAAAUAGCUACUUCUGGCCCCAACAAUAAUCACAGCUCCAUCUCACAAUCCAUUACUAUCAGCCAAAGCACCUCUCACCAUCCAGCUGUCGUCAUUGCUGAGAACUCCAUGUUCUUCCUCUCAUUCCGCAUCCUCUCCAAGAAUUUUAACUCUUCCCUGGAAAAUCCCAGCUCUCUCUACUAUCAAGAACUGAAGAAUUCUCUUAGUGAUCUGUUGCAGCAGAUCUACAAAAACAAGGCAUUUAUGACUUUUUACCUGCUCCAAUUCAGAAUGGGCUCUGUGGUUACAGACUGUAUCCUGGUCUUCCAAGAGGGCAGCAUCACAGCCAGUGAAGUACAGAACCUGUUUGCUGAAAAUCUGAAAAAAGGUUACAUAUACAACCUGAACAUUUCAUCAUCAGAUAUAAUUGUCCGUGAUUGGAAUUCUAAAACUUCAUCUACUGGAUCUUCUGUGCCUGGCUAUGGCAUAGCUUUGCUGGUGAUAGUCUGUAUCCUGCUCGCUCUGGCAAUUCUCCACCUUGCUGUCAUGGGGCUAUGUCAGUUCCGCCGGAAACAUUGUGGACAGCUGGACAUCUUCCCAUCCCAAGACUCUUACCAUCCCAUGAAUGAAUACCCCCUUUAUCAUACCCAUGGACGAUAUGUGCCCCCAGGCAACACCAAGCGCAGCCCCUAUGAAGAGAUCUCUCCAGGAAAUGGUGGCAACAGCCUCUCUUAUGUGAACCCGGUGGCCACUUCUGCUAACCUGUAGAGGAAUGGUGCCAGCUAUGUGCCGAGGGCCAAGUGCUGCCUGCCGGGGGCACUUCCCCCAUUUCUUGGUCUUUACCCCUCCCCCUCCUGGAAGGGAAAGCCGGGAGUCCGGAGUGGGUAGUGUCUUGAGGGCGAAGGCUCCUUGGACACAGUCCCUGUCACCCAUUUCCAGAUGAAGUUGUCAGAGACCACCCAUAUGCCCUGUCUGGAGGGGCAGUGACACUUUCUGGCAGAUGACAGAACCAGGGUGGUUUGGGGGAGGAGGGGGAGGAAUUUGCAUUUGACGGAAUAAAACUGGCAACCCCCACUAA